GGAAGAAGCCGAGACACGCCCUCCUUCCGCCGGGUGCUUCCGCCCGGUCUGGCCGCCGGUGCGCCGUGGGCUCGCGCGGGGAUGCUGGGCGCUGCCGAGCUGCCGCCGGGGGAAGCAGCAAGCAUGAGACCAGUCUCCGAAGACCAGAUUCCUCUGCAUGAAGAAUUCAUAUACUGUUGUGGAGCUGCUACUCAGGUCCUGAAGUGUGGGCCCUGGAGAGACCUCUUGAAUGGUGAGAGUACAGAUCUCCCCAGGCUCUUAUUUCUGAUUAUUCCUGGUAACCCAGGAUUGGCAGGUUAUUACAGGACCUUCAUCCAGGCUCUUUAUUGCGGACUAAACCAGCAGUAUCCAGUUUGGGCAGUGAGCCAUGCUGGGCACUGUAAACCCCCGAGUGGCAUGGAAAUGACAGAAGACACUGAUAUGAAAGAACUAGAGGAUAUAUUUGGACUUCAUGGACAAACAGAACACAAGCUGGACUUUCUCCGAAAGAACGUGCCAAAAGAUAUGAAGCUUGUGCUGAUUGGCCAUUCAAUUGGUUGCUACAUCACCCUUGAAAUGAUGAAGCGGGCAUCAGAACUUAAGGUUCUUCGCUCUGUACUGCUGUUUCCAACAAUAGAGCGCAUGGCUCAGUCCCCUAAAGGCAAGUUCAUGACACCUCUGCUGUGCAAGCUGCGGUACAUUCUGUACAUGCCGGUCUACCUGCUAUCGUUUCUGCCAGAAAGAGCCAAAACUUCCUUAGUGCGGUUUGCAUUGCGAGGGCUUAAGUGUCCUGAUGAAGCUUCAAUAGCUACCUCCAUAAAUCUCUUCAGCGUGGACUGCACUGCGAAUAUCCUCUACAUGGCAAGCCAAGAAAUGCUGAAGGUUGUGGACAGAGACAGCACAACUAUCCAGCAAAAUUUGAAAAAGCUGAUAUUUUAUUACGGGACUGCAGAUGGCUGGUGUCCACAACAAUAUUACGAGGAGAUCAAGAUGGAUUUCCCCGACGGGGAUAUCCGGCUCUGCGAGAGAGGCUUCCGGCACGCUUUCGUCCUAGAUGCCAGCAAAGAGAUGGCUGCCAUGAUUACACACUGGCUACAAGAUGACCUGACCAAACUAUAAACAUUGCUUCAGCGAAUAACCACACAAAAGAUGUAACUAUUUUGUGAAUGUGUAAUUUCUUUGUGAAAGAGUCUGUCCCUAACUACUCCAUUUGUUACAGGUUAUGGCUUGUUUUCUACUGACAUGUUUUGGAGACGGUAAAAUGUGACAACUGGCUGGUCUAAAGAAUAGUGUCAGGCUUAUGAUCUUGGGCUCCCAGGCUGUGGCCUCAGGGCUUUGUAAAGGGCAGAGUACUCAGCUGACACAAGUGUACGCAAAAUCAGUAUUAGCGUCAAUGGGGCCACGUUUAUGCCACUUCCCUCUUGGGCCAUGUCCCCCACCAAGAAAAAAACACUCCUUCUCUGUUGUCCACACCUAGCAGUUAGGCAGUGCAAAGUCUUGCAGCGUCCUUUUGCCACCACAAGUGAGACAGUAUAGACGUGGCCUACAGUAGUGGUUUUGAACCUUUUUAGACACAAGACCCCUUCCAUAACUUUUCAAAAAUGUAGUGGCACCUAUUUCUUGCAGUGCUUACUUUCUUAUACCCCACUGCACCCAAGAGUCUGGGGAGGGGUGCCCCAUG